AUGGAGCUACUAAGUUGGAUUCGGAAUUUAUGGAUUCGGACUAUAAAGCAAAACGGCUUAGACCAAUCAAAGGAGUUCAAAGGUAAUUUCUGUUGUUUAAGAGCUCAAGUUUCAUCUGAAGUCGAAGACAUCCGUACAAACUCCUUCGCUUUCAAUGAACCAUCUCAUCACAUGAAACUACCAGAAGCUGCUGAGGAGGAGGAAAUCUGGUUGGAUCAUGAAGACGUGUUCGGUGGAUUUCUAACGAUCAGGACGCUUGAUAUAGAUCCUGAAACACCAAGAUUCACUUCAGUUGCAGAAGAAGAUGUAACCGGAGCUCAAAAAGAUAUAGCAAAGCUCCUUAGCGAGAAGCUAGACAAGGUUCUUGAGGAAUAUGAAGAUAGUAGGAGCAGUAAGUUGGUAGAGAGAUCUAAUGCAGGAGUAGUUGAUGUAUGUCCUUCACAAGGUUAUGAUCUUAUUGAGUUUACAAAGAGAAGCAAAGAAGUAAGGAAGAAAAAGGCUUUACUUAAAAGCCUCUUCAAGAGAAGAAAGAUAGUAGAAGGAGAGUGUAAUACCUUGGAGAAACAUGGCACAGAAGAUUUGAUUAAAAGUUUGUUCGAAAAGCUACACAAGUCUUCUUCAAAGACAAGAAAAGAUGAUUAUAUGCACAAGAAGAAAGACAUCAGAAAGAAUGUUCAGAUCUUUCGAAGGAAAGUCCAUCCUGUUCUCUGUGCACCUGCAAGAGACGAUAAUGAGAUGGAUGACACCAACGGCUCUAAUCUCAAGACCCAACCUCCGUUUUCAAGCUCUAUCUUGGAAGCUAGCAGGAAAAGAGAAAAAUGGAUCAAGACUGACGCAGAAUGUAAGUCAAGAUCCUAUACAAAAACAUUGAAACCUAUUCGAUUUUUUAUUUGUCUUUGA